AUGAACCAUCUGGAGAAAUAUCGCGGCUCCUCUUUCACCGGGAAUGAAAGCACCGUGGGCUUCAGCAUCAACAGCACCAUGGACACACUGGUGAUGACUUCGUACCUCCUAUUGGUCCUGUUCUUCGGGCUGUGGAUGGGCAUUUCCAUUUAUUGUUCAAGUAUCAGCAGUAGCCACUUUAUGGGCCUGGCCGGGAUAGGUGCAACUUCAGGGAUUGCUGUUGGGGCCUUUGAGUGGAAUACUAUCUUCAUGCUCUUUGCCCUUGGCUGGAUAUUUGUUCCUAUCUAUAACAAGGCUGAGGUGGUGACGUUGCCAGAGUAUUUGAUGGAGAGGUUUGGGAGCCUCCGGAUCCACCUGUGCUUCUCUUUCUUUUUCUUACUCGUCUACGUCUUCAACAGGAUCUCAAUGGAGAUCGGCUUUGGUGCCAUGUUCUUGAAAAUGGUCUGGGACACAGAUAUCUACCAGACAAUGCUGGUUGUGCUGAUCAUUACUGGCUCUUAUACCAUCACAGGUGGAAUGACAGCGGUGGUCUAUGUGGAGACCUUACAAGCUGCUAUUACGAUUCUGGGCUCAGUCUUGUUAAUGUUUUAUGCCUUUGGUGAAGUUGGAGGAUAUCGGGGGCUGGUGAAAAAGUACUUGGUCGCCAUCCCAACUAGGACCCAAGAGGGGAACUGGACUGCCAAGACACAGUGCUACAUGCCUCGCCAGGAUGCUUUCCGUAUCUUCCGAAGCGUUGUCUCUGGAGACAUCCCCUGGCCUGGACUCAUCUUAGGCACCACUACUGUCUCUAUGUUCUAUGGGUGUGCCGAUCAGGUUACUGUCCAGAGGUUCCUGGCAGGAAAGAACAGGCUUCAUGUGAAAGCUGGCUGCCUCUUGUUUGGGUACCUGAAGCUGCUGCCCAUGUUCCUCCUGGUGAUGCCAGGGAUGAUCAGCCGCAUCUUGUUCCCAGACCAAGUGGCGUGCGUUGUACCUUCAGAAUGCCAGAAGUUCUGUGGCAGAGGAACCGGUUGUAGUGUCCUGGCUUAUCCAAUGCUGGUGAUAAGAGUGAUGCCUUCUGGCCUAAAAGGCUUUAUGAUGUCCACAGUGUGUGCCUCUGUCAUGUCCUCCCUGACUUCCAUCUUCAACAGUUCCAGUGCCCUGUUCACGCUGAACAUUUACACCUGGAUUCGGCCCACAGCCACGGAAAAGGAGCUCAUGGUAGCUGGAAGGUUUUUUGUUAUAGUCUUACUUGCUAUCACCAUUGUCUGGAUCCCCACUAUAGAAAUGGUAUCCAGUGAGACACUGUUUGAGUUCAUGCAGGUUCUUAAGAGCUGCCUGACACCAAGCGUGACUGCUGUCUUUCUGCUGGCUGUAUUUUGCAAGAGAGUCAACGAGAAGGGUGCCUUCUGGGGGCUGAUAUUGGGGACAUCAAUUGGCAUCUUCCGACUGGUGGCCGAGUUUUCCUAUGGACACACGACCUGUGAGGGAGGCAGAAAGUGCCCCCUAUUCAUCUGUAGCCUCCAUUACCUCUAUUUUGGCUUUUUAGUUUUCCUCAUUACUCUCCUCGUCGUACUGGCCAUCUCCUUAGCCACAAAACCAAUUGCUGAUAAACAUCUCCUUGGUCUCUGCUGGAGUUUACGUAACAGCCCACAGGGCAGGGAGGCUUUAGCGAAAGCAUUGAGAUGGAAGACCUGCUCCAGCGCCACACUCCAGCAAGGUAUGUUUGGGGAGGCCCAAAGCUGCUUCUGGAAGUCCUGGGACUUGUGCUGUGGUCUUGACAAACAGCCAAGCUCCAAGAUAGGCCCCGACAAUGCUAAUGAGGAGAAGCCAGGGACAUCCUGGGAGCGUUUGGGGUCCAGUGAGUUGUCAGCUGACUUAGAGGCUCUGGCCAGGAGAAUUGUAAGCAGACAGGAAGAGGAGCACAAAGAGAAGUUAAGAGACUGGAGUGACACGCCGGAGAGCCCCUUCUGGAAGAGAGUUGUCAAUGUCAGCGGGAUCAUUUUGUUUGCACUUCUGAUUCUUGUUCAUGUCUAUUUUGCUUGA